GUUAAGUUUCGUAAGCUUUUUCGUAUCCCUUGAGCGCAAAAGUUGUGAAAAGUGUUUUAUGUGUUUUAAUGUCGUGAGCUGCAAAUUUUUGCCUAUUUCAAAUGUCGAUCGGAAUAAAUUUGCGUGUGACGGGGCACACUUCGAUUGGAGGUCGCAAAUAUCAAGAAGAUUUCUUUUCCGUCGCCUAUCAGCAAACGGAAAAUGAUCGUAGUCUUGAGUACGCCUUUUUUGGGAUCUACGACGGCCAUGGCGGAGCAGAAGCAUCGCUUUAUGCUAAAGAGCACUUGAUGGAUACAAUCGUCAGUCAAAAGUUGUUCUGGUCCGAGAAUGACGACGAUGUAUUGAAGGCAAUCCGGGAAGGAUAUAUUCAAACACAUUAUUCUAUGUGGCGUGAGCAAGAUAAAUGGCCGAAAACGUCAUCAGGUUUGCCCAGCACUGCGGGAACUACUGCCAGUAUUGCUUUUAUAAGAAAAGGCAAAAUUUACAUUGGUCACGUAGGUGACUCCGGAAUAGUCCUUGGAUAUCAAAAGGAUAAGGAAGCUCUAGAGGAAGGGGCAUGCAAAUGGGGAGCAACACCCCUCACUGAGGAUCACAAACCUGAAGCAUAUGCAGAAAAAAUGCGUAUCAUGAGUUGUGGUGGAAAAGUGGUUACCAAAUCUGGUGUUCCUCGAGUGGUGUGGAAUCGACCACGAAUCGGUCACAAAGGACCAGUGCGGCGUAGUACACCUAUCGACGAAAUUCCAUUUUUGGCCGUUGCUCGGAGUUUAGGAGAUUUGUGGAGCUACAACUCUGCUAUGAACGAGUUCGUGGUUAGUCCAAACCCCGAUGUCUCGGUUAUUGAGAUUGACCCAAAAAAAUACAGAUGUCUCAUUUUUGGAACCGAUGGCCUGUGGAAUGUUCUAUCACCCAAAAGUGUUGUGGAAAUUGUACAUGCAGCUGAAAUGGAAAAUAUUCGAAUAGCAUUAGAAGGACGUCAUGAUUGGAAAAAUCCCAGUAAAUUAUUGGUUAAUGAAGCACUUAAGAGAUGGAGCAAAAGCAAUAUGAAAGCAGACAAUACGUCAGUAGUGAUAAUAAUGCUGGAUCCUCCCGGUCCAUCUAAACGUGAUGUUUUGCGUUCCAUGAGAACAUCAAUACAACAUAUUAAUUAUGAAACAUUAGAUAAUUUAAACGUUACUUUGUUUGAUCACACAACGCGAGAGCUUAUUGAUUUAUCGCAAGUCACCAACCCAGAGCAACACCAUCCUGGACAUCCUGAAAAUGAUAAAUACCCAGAAAGUCCGAGUACUGCGGCAUCUUUUCAAGAUAUGAUUUAUUCUGAUAGCUUUGCAGAAUCUUAUAACACAUAUUUGAAUACUACCAACAAUAGCGAUCAUUCGUAUACGAACUACGCAAGUCCUCAGCAGUACUCGGGACACCAGCAGCAACAUCUGAAUCACACAAAUCCGCCACAAAACAAUGUACCAAAUCAAUAUUUGACAUUUGUUCACGCAAACCAUGAUUCAAGUAACCUUGAGUCAGAAGAACCGUAUUCGUUAACAAAUUUACAAACCAAAUCUGAACGCUUGCACUCUGAAAUGUUGCAAGCUUCUACCUCAAAUUCCUCGAUCCAACGAUAUUCUGGAAUCGGAUCUGUUGGAAAUUCUGGUAUAAGUGAAAAUUUUCACGAUUAUCCUUUACCAAGCAUGCCGUACAGCCACAGUCAUCAUUCGCAUGACAUUCACCACUACGCUCAUGUCGCAUUCCAGCAUCAGAGUCAUCCAACAUAUCCGAUGGAAAGAUACGACUAUCAUCAAAAUCAUUCGAACAGCUACAGUAAUGAUCAGCAUUACGCUACGCAUGACCUUCCAGAGCAAAACUAUUCACGCGAUUUGCCAGAAUACAUGUAUCCAGCAGUGGAGCAUAAUAUCACUCAUUGCCUUGACGAUCAAGCAGAUGAAGCAAUUGAUGAUUUCGGUGAGUCUAGUAACUGUAUUGAAUCUACACGAGAUGUUCACCAACAUGAAUCAGUUGAACUAGAAGAAAAUUUUACAUAUACUGACGCAACGUGCAAUGAAAAUGAAGCGAGGGAUGAGGACAUCCAAAUAAAUGAAAUAUCAUCAUCAAAUCUGAAUGCUCUUUCACCUCCACAUGACAGUACAAAUCAAUCAGAUAGCGAUAGUUGCACUAGUGGGGACGAAGCUAGUACUUCUUCAUUAACAACUCGAGAAAUAUAUGAUACACCAAAUAACAAAGCUACCAAACUUGACAAAAACUUUCCAACCAAAAGCAAAGGUAAAGUAAGGAAAACAAUAAGGAACAUUGUUAAAAUUGUAUAUGCAACACGAAGUACACAGCGACCCCAGCGAACGAGAGGACAGCAAGAAAAUGUUACGUCUAGAAGAAACAAUAGUAUGCGUAGUAGGUUGAACCGAUUUCUGACAAAAAAUCAACAUCAGAUCUGCAAGAAAACAAGUAAAAUAUGUAGUGCUCUGGAAGGUGACGAAGGCUCUGCCAGUAGUACUAACAAUAAUAAUAAUUUAGAAAACAGAAACUUAGACAAGCAGAAGAAUACUUCAGUUGAGCGUCGAGUUUUGCGAUCAGCAGAUCAAGUUAAACCCGUAGCCGAUAAACCUCACCAGCGAUCACGCAGAAUUAUUGAUACGGCUAAUGUUAUAUGCACUCUGAAUCGAAGUGCUGUUAUGAAAACGAGAACAGCGACAAGUAUUUCGGAAGGUACAAGAAAAAUAUCGAAAAGAAAAAUUUUGAUCCGAAAGGUCACGAGUGAAACUAAGCGCGUUAAACGCUGAUUUUAGAGCGCACUGUUGUGAUCCGAAGAAAAUAACUUGAAGCAAGAGGUAAAGGGCUGUGCAUCGUUUUCACAACCCACACAUUCAAUUCCUUCUUUUGACAUGCAGAAGAGCGUUCAGCUUUGUUUUAAAUUACGAUACAGUGCGGGUUAAUUUAUUUUUUAUACUCAUAAGAGUUGAAAAAAAGAUUUUUUUUUCACAAAAACAGAAUGUUCCAGAUUCACUCAUAAAGCAGAGUAAUUGAUUGUGAAUCUGAAUUGACAAAUAUUAUGGGUCCUGUAAAGAAUAAUUGAGGCGCUUGAGAUCAGAGGGGUGCAAGUAUAUAAACUAUAUGAUAGUUUCGAGAAAACGCGCAUCAAAGUUGUGCAGUUUGAAUUCAAUCGAAAAAGUGUUAAAAAAAAUUAUAAAAAAAUCGAGUUUUGCACUUAACUCAGAAUUGAUGAUUUUGGACUUGCACCCCUCUGAUGCUGAGGGCCUCAAUUAUGAAUAAUUUUUAUUGCUUCAAAAAUUUUAUGAUUGUGUACAUGAUGUUACCGAAUUAUUCUUUCGAUAAUAUUAUUUUCAAUAAUUUAUGGCAAAUAAAUAAAGUGCCUAUGACGAUGAAAAAGUUGUAUAAAGCUUGAUUGGUUUAUACUGUUUACUUAACCAUAAUAAAACUGAUGCAAUGUAAUGAAGCAUUGCUAUUGGUAACAUGUACUAGAAAUGUGUAAUGUCGUUUAGCUGAUAAUUAGCAUAAUUGUAGGUCAGAGAAAAGGUGAUUAGAGGUUAUUAAUCCUUUGCUUUAUAGUAUAAAAAACGUAUAAAUGGAUGUUUUGGUCAGUUUAUGCCUUUAAAGGCAUAAAUGUAGUUUAAAUCGAGUAAUAUAUGUUUGUCGGAAUAGUUGAGACAUUGUAAAGAUAGUCUAUAUGAGAAAUAGAUAAUGUAGUGUAUAUUUUUGAGAUAAUAAAAUCUUUAUAAAUUUUCCGAA